GGGACUCUUAGUUUGAAGCGCGCGUGCGUCGCUGCGGCUUUCCGCGUCGAGCUGCUGCACCGGGAACAUGUCUCGAGUGUACGUGGGGAAACUGAGCUAUCGCGCCAGGGAGAAAGACGUCGAGAGGUUUUUUAAAGGCUACGGGAAGAUACUGGAAGUGGACCUGAAGAACGGAUAUGGCUUUGUGGAGUUCGAUGACCCCCGAGAUGCAGAUGACGCUGUGUGCGAUCUGAACGGCAAAGACCUGUGUGGGAAGCGCGUGAUCGUGGAGCACACCAUAGGACAGCGGCGUGAUGGUGGCACUGGCAGCAGAUCUGGAAGAAGUAGUCAGUAUAGGCGUGGAGGAGGAGGAGGGGGAGGGGGAGGAGGAGGAGCAGGAGGAGACCGGUACGGCCCACCCACUCGCACAGAUUACAGGCUGAUUGUGGAAAAUCUCUCCAGUCGCUGCAGCUGGCAGGACCUGAAGGACUACAUGCGUCAGGCUGGCGAGGUGACUUAUGCCGACACUAACAAGGGCCGCAAGAACGAGGGGGUCAUUGAGUUCAGGCAGUACUCAGACAUGAAAAGAGCCCUGGAGAAACUGGACGGUACUGAGGUCAAUGGAAGGAAGAUCCGGCUCAUCGAGGACCGGCCUGGUGCCAGACGCCGCCGCUCCUACUCUCGCAGCGCCUCCAGGUCUCGCUCCAGGAGCAGGAGGUCUCGCAGGAGCCGAAGCCACAGCCGAACCAGUAGCCGCUCAAGAGCCUCAGGCUCGAGAUCACGCAGCAGGUCAACCAGCAAGAAGACGAAGGGCAGGAGCAGUAGGAUGGAGGAGAGCAGUAAUGGAGCUCGCAGGGGAGGUGAAAGCGCUAGAGAUAAUAGCACGAGCUGCAGCCCUCCGAGCAAAAAGGGAAAACGGGAGAACAAGAGAGAUCGGUCCUAUUCUCGAUCCAGAUCCAGAUCUCGAUCCAAAUCGGGAAACGACAGGGAUCUCUCCAGAGAGUCUGGGUCCAGAUCUCAGGAGGCAACCAAGAGCGGCGAUGAAGGCCGUGUGGCUGAAAGGGCGCAUUGCUCUAGAGCUCAUUCUCGGUCCAGAUCACAAACGCCACCAGAUGCUGAUCUGCGGAGGGAAUCCAGAUCCAAAUCCAAAUCUCGCUCACAUUCACGCUCGCGAUCUUAUUCCCGGUCUCGGUCCCGCUCAAGGUCUCGGUCCUAAGUUAAAAAAAAAAAAAAAAAAAGAUUUUUUUUUUUUUUUCU